AUUUCUUUCGUUGUUGUAACAACUGUUGUUGGUUCCAGGAUAUGGUCCAGGAACUGGAGCUCCCAACGGUGCUAAAAGCAAUGGAUAUGGUCCAGGAGCUGGAGUUCCCAGUGAUCAGGGACCCAAAGGCAAUGGAUAUGGUCCAGGAGCUGGAGCACCCAACGGUGCUAAACCCAGUGGUGCUAAACCCAAUGGAUAUGGUCCAGGAGCUGGCAUUCCCAAUGGUCAGGGUGCUAAACCCAAUGGAUAUGGUCCAGGAGCUGGAGCUCCCAACGGUGCUAAAAGCAAUGGAUAUGGUCCAGGAGCUGGAGUUCCCAGUGAUCAGGGACCCAAAGGCAAUGGAUAUGGUCCAGGAGCUGGAGCACCCAACGGUGCUAAACCCAGUGGUGCUAAACCCAAUGGAUAUGGUCCAGGAGCUGGCAUUCCCAAUGGUCAGGGUGCUAAACCCAAUGGAUAUGGUCCAGGAGCUGGAGUUCCAAAUGGUCAGGGAGCCAAAGGCAAUGGAUAUGGCCCAGGAGUUGGAGCACCCAACGGUGGUAAAAGCAAUGGAUAUGGUCCAGGAGCUGGAGUUCCCAGUGGUCAGGGUGCUAAACCCAAUGGAUAUGGUCCAGGAGCUGGAGCACCCAAUGGGGCUAAAAGCAAUGGAUAUGGUCCAGGAGCUGGAGUUCACAGUGAUCAGGGAGCCAAAGGCAAUGGAUAUGGUCCAGGAGCUGAAGUUCCCAAUGGUGGUGCUAAAAGCAAUGGAUAUGGUCCAGGAGCUGGAGCACUCAACAGUGGUAAAAGCUAUGGAUAUGGCCCAGGAGUUCAGGAACCCAGUGGUGCUAAAAGCAAUGGAUAUGAUCAAGGAGCUGGAGUUCUCAAUGGUGGUAAAAGCAAUGGAUAUGGUCCAGGCGCUGGAGUUCCCAGUGAUCAGGGAGCCAAAGGCAAUGGAUAUGGUCCAGGAGUGGGAGAGCCCAAUGGACAGGGUGCUAAAGCAACCAAAGCUGGCUACGGUGCUGGAGCAGGCAGCUAUCCUGUGGCAGGGAACAAUGGCUAUGGAGGAGGUAUUGGACAAGGAGGAUACCCCCAGAAUGGAGCAGGCAAAGCUCCAGGAGGUGCUAAUCUGGGACAGGGAGGAUACCCCCAGGGUGGAGCAGGAAAAUCAGCGGGUUAUGGUGAUCAAAUGGGAGGAGCAUACCCCGGGGCUGGAGCGGGCAACGGCUAUGGGAAUGGUGGAGGCCCAGCUGGGGGGGCCAAUGCAGUGCCAGCAGGCUAUGGCAAUGGCUACGGUGCUGGUGCUGGAGGCAAUGGUUAUGGAGCCGGUCUUGGCGCAGGAGGAUAUCCACAGGGACAGGGACAGGAGCAAUAUGGGGGUGCUGGCUCUGGUCCUGGUGGUGCUCUGCCCUAUGGGGGCCAGCCUGUGGUCCCCGCUGGGCUGGGGCCUGAUGGUGGGAAGUCGGACGGGUACGGCCUGGGUCCCUACGGGGUUGCUCAGCCUAUGGGGCUGGGGCCUGAUACUGGCCUGGGGGGUGGAGUCGGUCAGCUUCCUUACAAUGGAGCCCCAGUCAAUACUGCUGGACUGGAUGGUGAUGGAGGCUACCCUUAUGGCGCUCAGCAACUGGGCCUUGGUGGUGGUGAUGGAGGCAAAUCCUUUGGCAAAUAUGGCAACGGUGGGUUGCCACAGGGUGCACAGCCUUAUGGACCUGAGACUGGUGGUGUUGGUGGAGGGAAACCACCUUGCAAAAAUGGAAAUGGAGGGGGCUAUGGAGCGCAGCCAGCAGGCUAUGGUCAAGGACAGCUGGGUGCAGGUCAGAGUGCCCCCUACAGUAACGGAGCAGGAGGGAAGGAAAGCAAAUAUGGUGGUGGUGGACUAAAUGGAUUCUUUGGAAAUGGAGGAUACAAAGGUUAAGUUAAUUAGCUGAGGCCUUCUUGAAGUGAAUAUUUGUUCCAUUCCAUCAUGUGUUCAUUGUGAUGUUUGUUGUUUGGUCUGUUGUUACUUUUAUCCAUUCCAUUUUUGUUCUGUAUUUGACUGUUUUUUCUUCAUGGUCCCUGUCUUUUGUAUUGUUGUGUGUGUCUGUCCCCUCUCUUCCUCUAUGCCCCCUGCCUCUUUUUGGAGAUUGUGUUGCCAGUGUGUUUGUGUUCAUAUCCAUUUCACACUAAAGGUCAGAAAGCAACCGUAUAAUGUCUGUCAGUCUCCUCAUUCUUUUAACCUUGGUAAAAGUAUGGUAAUUGUACUGUACAUGUAAUGUGAGGGUUGAGUUUUAAGAAUGAAGCUCUAUGAGUUUAAAUCAACACCAAAGAAAAUAAAAUUAAAAGACAUGUUCCCAAAACCUGA